AUGCAGUUUGUUAACAAUCCCAAGUAUGUGGCCAGGUUGACAUCUACAGACCAGCAAAAUUGCAUGAAUCAGCCAAAGUCCAUGAACGUGCAAAAACCAAGGGACAAACAAAAACCUAUAAAUCAAUCAAAACCUGUGAAUAUGAACGAGUUACUGCUUAUAAACAAGCCAACGUUUAUGAACCAGUCAAAGUCUAUGAAAAAGAUAGAUUUACUCUCAAGUAAAAAACAUGGAUUUAUCAGACCAGAUGAGUGCGAUGCCUGUUUUGUUCACAACUAUUCUUAUAUCCUGGAUAAUGAGGACAUAUGCAGCACCGAUGGAAACAAAAAUGUAUCUCAUAUCUUGAUUCUCAUCACUUCGACACCUGAGAAUUCGGAAAGACGAGCGGCCAUACGUGACACGUGGUUAUCACCGUCGCGGGAAAACACAGCAGAUGUCAGAUAUGCGUUUCUUGUGGGAAUGACUUCCGAUAUGAUUCUGCAGAAAAAAUUGGAAAUGGAGUACCUCAGUAAUAGAGACUUAAUUCAGGAGGACUUCGUUGACAGUUAUUAUAAUUUGACACUGAAAACCUUAAUGGCGUUUAAAUGGGCUAGUACCAAAUGUAAAGAAGCUAAAUAUUUCUUUAAAACUGAUGAUGACAUGUUUGUAAAUUUGGAUGCGUUGAAAGAAAUCAUCAAAAAGAAUGAAAGAAUACUACAAAAAUCUAUAGCCGGAAGAUGUGAUUUGAAUCGUAAGCCAAUAAGAAAUAUUGCCUCUAAAUGGUACAUAUCUUAUGAAAAUUAUCCUCACAAACAAUAUCCAAUUCACUGUUCCGGAACCGGAUAUGUAACCAGUAUGAAUAUUGUGAAUAAGGUAUACAAAAUUUCACGGAACAUUCCAUUUAUUUUUCUGGAAGAUAUAUUCGUUUCUUUGUGUAUAAGGAAACUCGGUCUCAAUAUGACCAACUUAGAAGGUUUUAAUACGGGUCUUGUGAAGCCCGGAUGUAUAUACAAAACAAAGGAAGUUGUGACAUCACACAGAGUCUCCCCUGAACUUUUACGAAAAAUUUGGAAUGAAUGUUUCCACGAAGCCAAAAUCAAAGCUUGA